CCGUCCUCCCCGCACGGAUGGGCCGGCCAGCCGCAGCCCCGGGUCGAGCGGCGCGCCGAAGGGACGGCGGCCGUCACGACGCGGUCGGGCCGGGUCCGGAUGCCGCCCCCCUUUUCCCCCCAGCUGUCUCGCGCCGCCCCCGCACCGCCGGUCUACCCUCCCCUACUCCCGCCGCCGGGGGUCAUCCCACCCGCGACGUCCCGCAACAACCCGUUCCGCCACGCCCUGCACCAGGCCCACCUCCGGGACCCGUACAGUCGGCUCGUGGCGCGCGGGCUGGACGGCGAGGAGGGUGAGGGCGAGCUCUUCCCAUACCUGUCUGCGUUCCCGGUGGGCCCGACGCCCCUCGGCCCGAAGCAGUGCGCCUUCGCGUGGGAGUUCACUCUAUCGCCCACGGACUGCCAGCGGUUCCCGCAGUUUCUGGGGACGCCCGUCGGGCAGCGCUCCUCGCGGGUCGUGCGGGAUGGCAACCAGAUCUACCGACUGCGCUGCAUCCGGGUGAGCCCGCCGACCACGGCCAUCAGCCCGUCCGCGUGGAGCGUGGCGGACGCCGUCUGGCCGAGCUUGGCCUACGUCUUCGUCAACGGGGCCGAACUCUCCUUCCGCCGCAAGCUCCACCACGGCAAAGACCUGCCCCUGGAGAUCACGCGGCACCUGCGCCCGGGGACCAACACCGUCACCCUGCAUCUGAUCCGCAACGCGGCCGAGUCCAAGGACCAGUUCUACGCCGCCGCGGUGGAGGUCCUCGACAUCACCUCGUUCACGCGGGCCAUCCAACUUGCCACCUUGCUUCCCGCCGGCCAGUGCCGCGAGCGGAUCCGCCAACGACUCCACCCGGCCACGCGGGACGACGACGACGUGAGCAUCGUCAGCGAGGAGCUCACCGUCAGCCUAGUCGAUCCCUUCACGGCGCGGAUCUUCGACCGUCCCGUGCGGGGCCAGCGCUGCGCUCAUCACGAGUGCUUCGACCACGACACGUGGAUCCGCACCCGCGCUGCCAAGUCCGACCGACAGGCCUUGAAAGACGACUGGAAGUGUCCCAUCUGCGGCCGCGACGCCCGACCUCAAAACCUGGUGAUCGACGGCUUCUUAUGCGAGGUGCGCAACAUCCUGGCAGCGACCAACCGUCUGGAAGGCGCGCGCGCCAUUCAAGUCAAAUCAGACGGCAGCUGGACCCUGAAGGAGGAAGCUGACCGCCCGGCGCCGCAGCACGGGGGAGCCGGUCCCGAGGUGGCCCGCGGGCCCCCAAAGCGCAAGUCGAUCAGCGUGGACGAUCGACCUGCAUCCUUGACCCAGCGGCCGAAGAUAGAGCAGGCCCGCUCCCAUACUCAGACUCAGACUAUGGGCUAUGUGCGCUGUUCCCCAACGGAGGUCAUCUCUCUGGAUUAGCGGAUGACAGUGACGACUCAGCGUGGAUAAUGGGGAGGAUGGAUGGUGGAUUACAGCAUACGGCAUACAAAAGAAAAGAAAAGAAAAGAAGAGAAGAAGAAUCAACUUGUUCAAGCAUGUACCCAGGCGCAGCGGAUCAUUUCAGAUACCCGAUCUAUUUACGCACAUGAAUUGAUGAUCUUAUGGGGUUUAAAGGGGUGCUUUACGGAUACUGCAAUGCGAGAUAGAUAUCAUUACCAUUACUUAUGAUUAGACAUGAU